AUGCCCGACGAGCGGCCAUCCCUCCAUCACUACUCGCUUGAAUUCGCGAACUCGUAUCGAAAUCGGCUUCACGUUUUCUGGCAGAGGGCGUGCUCUUGUUUUCUUUUCAUUUGCCUCAUCGUCAUCUUGGUCCUGCGUUACAAUUACAAACUUACGUCUUCGGCAUGCAUGGUAACAGCUGAGAUCAUAGUAACACCUGACCACGCAAUAGAAAUCCGGAACCCCAUCCAGCUAGGCAUUUGGGCCGGGGAUCUUGGGCGCAACACACGUGUAAGCGACCUGGAACGGUACCAGAUGCCAAACGAGCUCGAGGGGGACAAGUGGGUAGACCCAGUGUUUCCCCCCGUCGGCGACUCCCUGGGCGUGACGCUCAAGCUAUUCUGCAGAAAAGCACAUCCAAGUCUGUUUGUAGUUUUGUCAGAGAUGAUAGAAAGAUAGAUCUUCGACGUCAUCUUGUGUGCGGUUGUUCAGCAUGACAUAGAUAUUUAUUGCGCCGCCCUACUAGUUCUUGCCAGCUAGCAUUACGAAAUUCAUGAUUCAGCACGACGGAUAAUUCCCACCGCCAGUUUUGAUUUGGUUUUGGCCUCCGCACUAGAAAGUUUUCAGUGCCUGGACUUGAGCAACACAUUUUUUUUACGAGGUCUAUGUAACUCCUAUUCAUUGCUGAGCUGCGGAGGUUAAAACUUUGCAGCGGGAAAGCAAAUCGCCCGCGUCAGUGUUUUUUUUGCAGUCUGCAACUUUCGACGAAGAUUGCUGCGAAGGAAGUGCCGAAGUCGCUCAUCGUCCAAUUUGUUUUCCAUCUUCCAAACUUGCAAAACUAACUUUCGAGCCCAGUGCUCAACCUUUUUUCAUUUUUUCCAACUCUCCCGAUUUUUUUUCCUGUUUGCAAAACUCCCAACAAAAAAUAUUUUUCAUCUCCCACCAAAGUUUUUUCUUCCGUUUUGCUUCCAGCGCGAAACGUGUUGCAACUGCCAACAAAAAACUUCUUUCCAUUUUCAGAACUUUGCACAAAAAAUAUUUUGCAACCCCCAACAAAAAGCUGCGCAAAGUAUUUUGCAACUCCCAGCAAAAAACUGCAAAAAAUAUGUCGCAACUCCCAGCAUACGCUUACAAAUACUAAACGUAAUCAAUCCGCGGUAGGGGUGUGCUUUUCGUUUUCUGUAGGAUACAAGCAGAAGCUUGGGAACGUGAACAUCGAGUGGGACCGGGUCUGCAACCUAUGAGAGUGCACAAUUUCGGCUCCCUCUCAUUCGGUGGGUACUUACGCGUAAGGUCAGCAACAGAAGAAGGGGCAAAAUGUAGGUUUUGCACGAGCAUGACACAAUGCAGGUGGUUCUAAACUCGUCACCAUGACAGAAUCAAUGUCGGUUAUACUCAGAUAUCAACAAAUCUCACUUCGCUAUAUAUAAUUGUCUAUUUUGUGCUCGUUGAUGUUUGUUCAUGCUCCUUAUCACUAUCCUAAAGCUUCUUCAUAUACUUUUCUUCGACUUGUUCUUUGUGCGUAGCUUUCUGCUACUUCGGUUCGCGCUCUUCUGUGAUCUGAUUCCACAGUGCUUUCCUCUCUGGUCGAGGCCUUCCUCGUAGGUGGGUUUGGACGUGGGGCGCCAGGCGCAUGGGCGGCUUCCCAUCUCCGUCGUGAUCGACACGUCCUAUGCCAGCUUGGCGUGUUCGGGUGUUCCGUGCAAUGCGUUGCGCACCCGAUAGGCCCCGCACCUCCUACCAUGCUAGCUCGGUCGCACAGUCUGUUAAGCGUGAAAAAUAGAUCUCCACCGGCGUCCGAAGCUGCUUGCGGCGACGGUACAAAGGUUUUGGAGGAGGUCCAGCCGGAUUUGCAGGACAAACGUAUGAGGGGGGAGCUCGUUGUUGACUCUUAUACUACCUGCAGAAGGCGCAGAAGAUGCGACUGUUUGCGGUGAUUGAGCCGAACGAUGUUGCGCGCGGGGCACUGGUAUCAUGUGUGAACAAUAUGUCCACUGGGUUCGGAAAAGUGGAGCCUGUUUUGGUUGUCUGGCAGUCCCGGAAGCGGAAGGGGAAGUCUGUAUUGCAUGACCAACAAGAGUGCAGCCGCUCGUCUCACGCAAAGAUGCACCCUUUCAUGCGCAGUAGGCACAGCUACCACGAACACGAUAGAGAUAUUAGAGGACCGCUCUAAAAACUUGUCAUGCUUGGCAGACCUCACAGCGGUCGCGGUCCGGUCACUCGCACUUUCGCAUCACGAGCUUCCAGAACCCGUGUUUGCAUUGGAUAACUGGGGAACUGCUGGCUUCACGGCGCACUGGCGGCGCUCGCCGAAUUCCCGGCGUACCUCGAGGAAAUGGUAUCCUGCGGACUAAAACUCCCCCACCCCUCCAUACAAACAUAGUCAUGAUGGAAAAUCUGCAACACGAAUUCAGAGCAUUGUCUUGUAGUCGUCCGCAAGCAUCCGCAUGGCAAGUUUCUAACUGUAGUGUGUGUAGCACUAGCAAGAUGGCUGCAAGGACAGCCGUGGAUCAGCGCAGUGCCGUCUGCAGCAGACGGCACUGCGCUGAUCCACUUAAGCAAUGCUUAAGUACUAGACAGCUAUUACAGAUGCACAAAGACGCUAUACGAACUAGUAGAUGCCUCUCAUGUGGAUGUGUAUUAUGAUUUUCAGGCUAUCAUGUUGUACCUGUUGAUGCAUAUGUGUUUGACAACUCUGGGGUGGGGACGCUUUUACUCAGGAUGAAGGGUGUUCGCGAACUACGUCGCCGAGCCUAUACGAAAAUUGAAGGUUCCUUAUCGCCAUAUUCUAUAAUGGAAAUUUGUGUGGCGUGUGAUGCGGGAUUUUUUCAAAGAAGGAAGAGUGUACGCUUGGGGCAAAGCUAGACGCUUUGCUGGUUGUUAAGCAUGAUGACAGAAGGAGGCGGCGAGGCGCAAAGUGACUAACACGCCUGUUGAGUGUCAAGUGUGCGUCAGAUGUGUCGCUGUUGCUGCGCCGUCUCGCAAGACAGAAGUGACUUGGCGUGGCUAUACAACAUCAGCAUCAGAUUCUGAUGUUUCCGUUUUGAGCAUGGCGAGAAGGAUGGAUUUUUCCGCACGAUAGCCGACUAAGCUGCCUAAGUCCGGCCAGUACGGGCUGCGGCUGUACUCCCCGGAGCACGGAACGUGGGAGGAGGUCCUGGUCGACGACCUCGUGCCGACCUUCGAGCACAUUCCCCUAUUCUGCCGUCCGACGACCAACCACAACGAAAUAUGGUGCCCGCUACUGGAAAAGGCGUUUGCCAAGGUGCUCAACCGACCCAAGAGCGCCGCGAUUGUCCCUGUCGAGGCCGAAGAUUUCACAAAGCGCGCAAACUACAAAAAUAGUGCGGUCGAUGGGCAGCCUGGCAUGAUACCAGAGUUGGACGUAGUAGGUGUUGUACGUGCUGCGGAUGAAGACAUCAAGAAGGCCGCGAGUCCUGGCACAGUUCCGGAAAUCGCAGACGCAGCGACGCCCGCAGUCAACGCUGGCACAGUCGGAACGGACACCGUGCCUGCACCCGACGCACAAGAGAAGCAGGAGCCUCCACCGCUGCCGGAACCGGCGGGCGAAGAUGAAAUAAAAGAGGACGAAAAUUACGUGCCGGCUUUCGAAUCUCUGAAUCGGGGGACCAUAGCCCUCGCGUUUUCCCGCUUAAUCCCAAAUGCGCGGACGGAGCGCUGGGCGAAGAAAAACAACCAGUGGAAGUCCAGCUUUAACGAGACCAAAGAGGAUGAGGACAUGUGGGAAGCCUUGCGCGAGUGGGACAGAAGUAACUUUGUGAUGGUGUGCGGCGUUGGGACCCCGGAAAGCCCCAACUCUUAUCGACAGGACGGAAUCCUGCAAGGAUACUCAUACAAUGUGCUCGCUCUGCACGAAGUCAAGGUGAUCAGUUUGUGCUUUUGUGUGUUGAUUGGAUCGACAAAAACAUCGGGAUGCAGUCUCGGAGGUUUUACCAUACCUAUACAAAAAAGCCGGAGCGAAUGGUUGCCUCCUACUUUGAUUAUAAGAAUAACGUUGAUCAUAUCGAACUAGAACUUACUUAAUUCCCUCCGAUGAAGGCCCACGCCUGAUGACGAGAUCCUGCGUUGAGGUGCCUCCACCUCACGCGGUAGGAGCGGCCUGCCAUCAAAUCAGCUACAGAAACACCACACUGGAAAUGCCUCGCUCGCCCGGAUAGAACAAGAGCGAGGCACUGUGACUGCGCGUCCGCGCAUCGAUGCCAUAGCAUAGCUGUACACUCGCCAUCGUGCCGUAGGCGGAGCCAAAACAGCUACAGAAAAAAGCGCGGGAACUGCCCAAAGCAGUCCCCUGCACAUAUUUGAACCGGGCCCACAGCCCCGCGUGCUUGUUUGACCGGAAAGGACGAGGGCGCGGUAGAUAUCAACCCAGCGACUGCGCGUCCGUGCGUCGCCAUGUCGCGUAGCUUUCUGGGGCACUUGUUUUGGUUUCAUACAUAGUAGAGACAAGCCGCCGCAGCUAGUCAGAAUGAAAAUGAAGAGGCCCCGGGCCCGGGCCUUGGGGAAACUCCUGCGGGAGCCUCCUAGCCCUCCGGCCGGCCGCGCCAAGCUCGUUGUGGGGGGCCGGCAGUAGAGUGCGCCCUCUGCGGCACGACCACACGCGGGGGCCCACGCCACUAGCGACGAGGACGGGUGGCGUGCAAAGCCCCAAGAAGCAGCGCCGACUGCGGCCAGCGCGCGUUCGGUCAAAAGCGACGGAGCCCGGUGGUCGGGGGUGUAUUGCCUGAGUUGGGGCGCGUUCGCUGGACAGCCUUGCGUCUGCCCUCCAGCCACAAGUGUGCCACAGCAGUCCCGCCAUCGGCGUAAGUACCGUGACACAGUUGAGGGCGCCGCAGCCUCGACCAUCGCGAAACUGGCGCGGCCGCGACCAAUGCCGCCCGCCCGCCGCGUGCUUGGGCUCCCCCUCAAAUGUUACACGGCGCUGCCUCCUGUCGGGGAAGUUUAAAAAGAUAAAAAGUCACCGGCGGCAUCCCGGCGCGUGCCCCCCGAUAGCCGCAAAGACACGCACCGCAGCGGGAAGGGCCUUCCUAGCGGCUUGGGAGCCCGCUGGCACCGCCCCAGUCCGGGCACAGGGCCUCUGAUGUGCCGUCUUUCUUGGAGCCCGGUUGAGACGGCAACCCGGCCUCCCAGGCGCGUCGCUACGGCGGGCACGGUAGUUCCCCGGGUUGGCAUUUCCCCAGGGCCGGCAUUGCAAAAACCUGGGGAACCGCUUACAUUCGGCCACGCCCCAAGGCCAAGAACGAGGGGGGGCGCGCGCCAAGUGCGCGAAAUCAGAAGCCCGGCGCCCCGGAAACGGGCCCCCUUGGCUGCCGACGACCCGUGGCCGGAGGACGCAGGCACAUCCAUGCGGGACGACCCUACGCCCCGCGGGACAUUGCGCAGAGCAGCCUGCUCCUAGCAUGUGCGCCCUUCUCUGGGCAGGCGCCCUGAAUGCCGGACGCCCGCGGCCCCCCGGGCGUACAGCACCGCAACCGUGGCGUGAGCGCUUAUGCUCCGCACUAACGAGCCAGCCAAGAAAAAACGGCGCGCGAAGGGGCCCAGUGGUGCUCCGCCAGCACACGGCUGACAAUGGGUCUGAGCCGUGAGACCGUGAGAAGGAGGGUUGACGGGUAUAGUGGCACACCCCCACCCAACGGAGAGAUCCAAUGGGCGACUGGGAGUAGGGGAGGAGCACACAAGCGGCGACUCAGCCACGGAUCCGGCGACCCCGCAUCCCAGCACCGCAAUAGGAUCUUGCAACCUUCCGCCCUUGUGCGUUCGUUGUUGUCACCUCGGGCACCGAACCCAGUAGGGCAUAAUAGUGCUGAUAUAUAGAACUACUUAAUUGAUUUUGAUUACGCAUACAAUAUGCACUGUGUGCCGCAUCUGCGAAGAUUAUGUGUAGGAAAACGACCUCUGCCUUUGGUUGGUCAACAUCAAAUCUGCUUCUCUGACAAAUCAACCACAGGACAAGGACGGCAGGCCUGUGCGCGCUGUUUUGGUGCGAAACCCUUGGGGUACAGUGAAUUGGACCGGCAGAUGGGGAAGCAUUUUCGGAAAUGUCACUUCCGCUGAGCUGCGCAGUGCCGGUAUCCAGCGAGAGAACACAGAGGACGGGCUUUUUUACUUAGAUUUUGACGCCCACUUUCUGAAGAUUUGGACCGCCGUCAUGGUUUGUACGGUGAGCAUGCCAGUUCGGCGGCGCGGCGUGGGGGGGUCGCUUCUGACCAGGUUUAUGGGCGGCGGCGACGCGUCCGCUGCGUCAGCUGUUCCUCCCUUAUGAAAGUGCAAUCCUCCCCUCCGGCUCUUCUGGAUGAAGGGAGGACCGACAAUAGAAAAGGCGGCAGAAGCGUAACGUCAAACUUAACCUAAACCUUUUGCGUGACAAAUCCGCGUCUGCAUCCUAGUGUUGCGUGGGGUGCUACAGCUUGUCAUGGACGGAGUCAGGCAAGGCCUCGAGAUGCGUUUUUUAAUGACGGCCCCCAGCAACUCCGGCUCAAGCAACAGUAGCACAGUCUGUUGAGCAUGACAAAUAAGGAGGGAGCGUAUGCACUUUGAUAGGUUGCAAUCGAAUGGUCGGCCACGCCGGUCGCGGACGAGGAGAGUGAAAAACCUGCUUCGCCGCCGAAGAAACGCUCCGGCUGCUGUGGCCGCGGCUGA